AUGCACUUUUCCCGUCGUCGUGGCGCACACUCACUGUGGCUCGUGUUUCUGCUAGCAUUUGUCAUGGGGGCUGCACCGUCCCCGGCUGUAACCGCGGGCUGCCCCAACCGAUGCUCAUGCGACGACCAGCUUGCAGUUCAGUGCGUGGGGCAGGACCUAAAUUAUUUUCCUCCGGACUUCCCACUCGCCACCAGGCAGCUUCUCAUUUCCAGCAACCGUAUCGCAGAGUUGCCGGCGCUGCUGCUCAACUACUUGUCUGACUUGGUGUUUCUAGACUGCAGUAACAACACUCUCUCAGAGAUCUCAGAAUCUACCUUUGGAAACCUCCGCAAACUGGCUUACCUGGAUCUAUCCUUCAACGCCCUUGCUCAAAUCGACGGCCGGACGUUCGGACCAUUGGGGAGUCUUGUGAUGCUCAGGCUGACGGACAACCCUGGAUUGUCCGAGAUCCACCCUGACGCCUUCACGGAGAACACGGCGCUCCAGGUGCUAGACAUCAGCCGGAACAACCUGACGUCUCUGAACGUCAGCUCUCUCAUCUCGCUCCAAACACUCCGCUCCAUCGCACUCAGUGGGAACCCCUGGCGCUGCGAUUGCGACACCGAGGAUCUUUGCCUAUGGAUGCAGAUCGAAGCAUUUAAGUUUCAAGACGGGCUGAAGACGGUGUGCCAGGCACCCUCAGACAUGGAGGGCCGGUGGCUGGCAGAGGUGGGCAUGCAACUGCGGAUGGAAUGCCACCAGAGCUUGGGCUACCAAGAUUACAUCUUCCUCACUUCUGUGGGUUUCCUCAUCUUCUCAGCUGGCACGGUGUCGGCCUGGGUGAUGGGUGUGCUUAUGGUGCUGUACGAACGCUGCACCAAGAGUACCGAUGUGAUGCCAGAUGGUGAGGAGGAGGGAGGAGAUGGGGGCCUCAGUAAGCCCGGUGAGAAGGUGUGAAGGCUUGCUUUGCGGUCACUGACACCGAAGAUGUAUUCAUCUUGUUGACAUGCAGAGGGACCAGGAGCUGGACAACAAAAUGAGCUUUAGUCUCUGUUGGCAGGAUAUUGCUGUUGAAGUGUGCCUUAGUGUUUUAUAAAUGAGUGAAAGCAAACCAUGGUAUAAGGCCCUCUCUACUAAGAAGUGAUUACCGUCUCUGGUUCAGGUGUGGGGCACAUUAGCUGUUGGACUGUGAGAUUUUCAAGGAGGCUCCAUCAAGAGGAUCUUUGAUAUAGAAUAUAUGGAGGUAUGUGUGUCACUUAUCUUCAUCAUAUAUACCUGUGGUAAUAUUUCUAGCCAAUCAGAACUAGGUCUGAAAAUGAACUGCAAGAAACAUGUAUAUAUGAGAUUAAGACCUGCAUGGGUCAGUGAACAUUUUAUUAGGUAGGUCUGUACUCCAGCUUGUGAAUGCAAAUAUCUAAUCAGCCAGAAAUGGCAGAAACGCAACGUAUAAAAGCAUGGUCAAUGGGAUCAAUUGUUGUUCAGACUAAACAUCAGAAUGGGGAUGAAAUGUGAUCUAAGUGACUUUGACCGUGUAGUAAUUGCCAGAUAGGGUCGUUUCAGUGUCUCAGGGUCCAUGGAUUCAUGCUGUUGCCACCAAAUUCUGACCCUACCAUCUGUAUGCCUCAGCAGAAAUUCUUCAGACCAGGCUACAUUUUUCCAGUCUUCAACUGGCCAGUUUUGGUGAGCCUUUGCCUACUGUAGCCUCAGCUUUCUGUUCUUGGCUGACAGAACUUUAAGAACCAGUCUGCCCAUUCUCUGUUGACGGCUCUCAUCAACAAGGCAUUUUCGUCCACACCAUCCUGAGUAAACUCUAGAGACUGUUGUGCGUAAAAAUCCCAGGAGAUUAGCAGUCACAGAAAUACUCAAAGAAAGUCUGUCACCAACAAUCAUGACAUGGUCGAGAUCACUGAGAUUACAUUUUUUCCCCUUUCUGAUGGUUGAUCUGAACAUUAGCUGAAGCUCCUGACCCAUAUGCAUUGUUUUAUGCAUUGCACUGUUGCCACAGGAUUGGCAGAAUAGAUAACCGCAUUAAUAAAUUGGUGUACAGGUGUGUAUACGUCAUUAGAGAAGAGUGAAGGUUCAGCUUUUACCCAUUUUACACAAUCUUUUACAGAAAUAAACAAAUAAAUAACUCAAUAAAUAUUCAUUUCUAUUUUCAAACAAACAUUUGUGAAAGGUUAGUGACUAUGUGGUAUAUUUCAGUUUCCGGGAAGGAAUAACAUGACUGGAUUCAUGUUAUAUUUUCCACAGAGGUAACUUAUAUUAAGUGAAUAUAUUUUGCAGUGCAUUGAACAAUUCAAUAAAGGAAGUAAAAUUUG